CUGUGGGGGGGUGAGGGGGGGGAGAAGGAGAAGGAGGCCAUGGCCCCGCAGGAGCUUGGUAAGCAGAGGCUCAGCCCCGGACUGCGGUUUUUCUCCCUGACUCUGCGCUACACGUGGCCUGUCAUCAAUCAGAUCUCGUCAGAUCCCACAGGAGCGUCGAAGGACACCAUGACGGGCAAACAAGGCGCCGUGCUUUCGGAAAGUUUAAAUCUAGCCGAGAAAACCUCUCUGGGUGCGAACGGGGGGAGUAACAGCCACCAGGCGAAGAGCAGCGCCACCCAUCCCCCGCCCAGGUGCACCGGCUUCGGCAUCCAGGAGAUACUGGGGCUCAAUAAAGAACCGUGCGCGACCCCCCGGAGCCCGCUGGGCUCGCUGCCGGCCGGGGCGCACCUGAUCGCGGCCAGGUCCGUGCUGGGGCCCGCCGGCCUGGGCGUGGGCGUCGGGAUGGGAUUACUCGGCCCCGGCGGGAUCCCGUCCUUCUACGGCCAGCCGGCGUUCCUGGAGACGGUGCUGUCGGACAGGCAGGACGUCCACCUGCAGCCCCACGGCCGGUCCGUGGGGCCACUGGACACCAGCCAGUCGGCCAGCUCAGACUCCGAAGAUUUCUCUUCAAACGAACGAAAGCUCUCAAAGUCAUCCAUAAGCCAGAGCAAGAAACGCAAGAAAAGACGCCACAGGACCAUUUUCACCUCCUACCAGCUGGAAGAGCUGGAAAAGGCCUUUAAUGAAGCCCAUUACCCGGAUGUUUAUGCCCGAGAAAUGCUGGCUAUGAAAACAGAGUUACCUGAAGACAGGAUACAGGUAUGGUUUCAGAAUCGAAGGGCUAAGUGGAGGAAGAGGGAGAAGUGCUGGGGCCGCAGCACAGUGAUGGCGGAAUAUGGGCUGUAUGGAGCCAUGGUGAGGCAUUCCAUCCCUCUGCCAGAGUCCAUCCUGAAGUCUGCCAAGGAUGGCAUCAUGGAGUCCUGUGCCCCCUGGCUGCUCGUCCAAGAUGGCUUACCAAUCAACAGACGCUAUUCUAAAUCUGAAUACCCGCAACUCUUUGCAGGGAUGCACAAAAAGUCCAUGGAGGCAGGAGCCGCCCCCCCGACAGGAAAGUGCGAUGCCACCCAGCAGCCCAGCUCUCAGAGGCCGGAGGACGCUGAGGCCGAGGAGAAGAGGUCAGAGGGCAUUUCCAAAGAGGAACUGAGAGAGAACAGCAUCGCGGCGCUCAGGGCCAAGGCACAGGAGCACAGUGCCAAAGUGCUGGGGACAGUUUCCCACGACAGACUGCUGGAGGCCGAAAAGGAGAAACAGGCGGUUGAGGAGAAGGCCAGUGAUCCUCCGCCCAGUCCAGAGGAGGCAAAAAGAAGUCCCUAGAGAUUAUCCAGAGCUUAAGGACUGCCGUUCCCAUGGCUGAAUGCACUGGACUGGAUGCUAUCGGCAGACUUACCAGCAGAUUUCUACCCUGACUGACGUCUCCACAUCUGGACUCGUACAAGCAGAGACUCGCGUGGCUGAUGGACAGAAGGAGCAAGCACAGUUUUUAACCAUUAACUUCCAAACUUGCCGGUGUCGCUUCUCAAGAGUAGAGACAUUUUACCAGACGCGGAGCAGGAAAUUAAAGGUGUACAUAAAAAACGAAAAUAAACCGGACGAGCAAACAUUCUGAUCAUGCCCUAAUGAGAAGUCAGUUUGUGAAAGGCCACGUUCAAUUCAUGACAUUCAUUCUAAUAAUUUUUGUACAGUUACUGAAUAGUGACAUUUUAGAUCAGACUCAUCCCACCGACAGUAAGAGAAAGAAAGUAACCGUUGCCCCUAUAUUGCGCUGUAUAUAAUUGAUGUACGUCAGUCUCUCUCUCCUCGGGAGACAGUUGAACUGAGUUCUCCUGUAGUCUUACAAUGUCUGUGUUUUCAUUUCAAAAUAUGUAUAAAAUUCAAAAUGCAAAAUAGAAAUCACUGUUUAUUAAAUGUGUCUCU